AUGUACGACAAUGCUACAAGGGCGCAAGCCCUUACGCUUAAGGCUAUGAAUGUUCUUUCUGACCAAAUUACUGCCAUCACUGGCAUGUCAGAGCGCACGAUUCGGGACGUUUGGAAGAGGGCCAUAGAUCGCGGCUGGAACCCCCAACAAUCGCUUAAAGUUCUUGACAUAUACGUGCAAGAUGCACCUCGCUCUGGCCGGCCGACUGUACAA